AUGUCGUCGAUGCGGGGACUGGUCCAGUUCAUCGCGGACCUGCGAAAUGCGCGGGCGCGAGAACUGGAAGAGAAGCGCGUGAAUAAGGAGCUGGCCAACAUCCGCCAGAAAUUCAAGUCGGGCAAUCUCAACGGCUACCAGAAGAAAAAAUACGUCUGCAAGCUGCUCUACGUGUAUAUUCAGGGCUACGAUGUCGACUUUGGUCAUCUGGAGGCGGUCAAUCUUAUCUCGUCGAAUAAAUACUCCGAGAAGCAGAUCGGGUAUCUGGCUGUAACCUUGUUCCUGCAUGAGGAGCAUGAGCUGCUGCAUUUGGUCGUCAACAGUAUUCGAAAGGAUCUGUUGGAUCAUAAUGAGUUGAAUAAUUGUUUGGCGUUGCAUGCUGUGGCUAAUGUUGGUGGUCGUGAGCUUGGAGAGGCGCUGGCGACGGAAGUUCACCGGCUGUUGAUUUCACCAACCUCGAAAGCCUUUGUCAAGAAAAAGGCCGCCCUCACCUUGCUUCGUCUUUACCGCAAAUACCCCGGGAUUGUCCGCAGAGAAUGGGCCGAGCGAAUUAUCUCGAUUAUGGAUGACCCCGAUAUGGGAGUCACCCUCUCAGUGACCUCACUGGUUAUGGCGCUCGCCCAAGACAUGCCCGACGAAUACAAGGGCAGUUAUGUCAAGGCUGCGCAGCGGUUGAAGAAGAUUGUGGUCGACAAUGACAUUGCGCCUGACUACCUCUACUACCGCGUGCCAUGCCCAUGGAUCCAGGUGAAAUUCCUUCGUUUGUUGCAGUAUUACCCGCCAUCCGAAGACAGCCACGUCCGCCAGAUCAUCCGCGAAUCCCUCGCCCAAAUGAUGGCAUCUGCCAUGGAAACCCCCAAAAACGUCCAGCAGAACAAUGCCCAAAAUGCCAUUCUCUUCGAAGCCAUCAACCUCCUUAUCCACCUCGACUCUGAGCAUAACCUCAUGAUGCAGAUUUCCUCCCGCUUGGGCAAGUACAUUCAAUCCCGCGAGACCAACGUGCGAUACCUGGGUCUGGAUGCUAUGACACAUUUCGCCGCGCGAGCCGAAACCCUUGACCCGAUCAAGAAGCACCAGAAUAUCAUUCUUGGAUCUCUCCGAGACCGCGAUAUUAGUGUCAGGCGAAAGGGAUUGGACCUGCUGUACAGCAUGUGCGACACUACAAACGCGGGUCCGAUUGUCAACGAGCUUUUGCGAUACUUGCAGACCGCGGAUUACGCCAUUCGUGAGGAAAUGGUGCUGAAGGUUGCCAUUCUGACCGAAAAGUACGCGACAGAUGCGCAGUGGUAUAUUGACAUGACACUCAAACUGCUGUCCCUGGCGGGUGACCACGUCAACGACGAAGUAUGGCAACGAGUCAUUCAAAUCGUGACCAACAACGAAGAGUUGCAGGCAUAUGCCGCCCACACCCUGCUCGGCUACAUGAAGAACGACUGCCACGAGAGCCUGGUGAAGAUUGGGUGUUACGUGCUGGGUGAAUUCGGUCAUCUCAUCGCCGAUAACCCUGGAUCCAGCCCGAUUGAACAGUUUCUGGCUCUGCAGGCUAAGAUGUUUACUGGAUCUGACAACGCGCGGGCCAUGAUCCUCUCAUCUUUUGUCAAGUUCGUCAACUUGUUCCCCGAGAUCAAGCCGCAACUCCUGCAGAUUUUCCGCCUGUACAGCCAUUCUCCCGACUCCGAGUUGCAACAACGAGCAUUCGAGUACUUGUCGCUGGCGACUCUUCCUACAGAUGACUUAAUCAGGACAGUCUGCGAUGAAAUGCCGCCGUUCUCCGAGCGAACUUCUAUUCUCUUGUCACGCCUGCACCAGAAGACGGCCGGCACAACGGAGAAGAAGACCUGGGUGGUUGGCGGCAAAGACGCCAACGCCGAUAAGCAGGAAGUGCUUCUGGCCCAGAACACUGGUCUCAAGCGUACCUUCACGACGAUUGUUAAUGGCACUCGGACCGGAUCGAACGGCACACCGACCAGCGGGGCGAACGCCUCGGGCUUGGGCGAUCUGGCCGGCCUAGACUUCAGCGGCCCGUCUCCGCCCGCUCCCAACCUUGCCAGCGCAGCCCACCUGACCCCAGACUGGGACAUUGGAUUCAACCGUCUAUACUUCACGCAAGAAGGUGUGUUGUUCGAAGACGCACAGAUCCAGGUUGGACUUCGCUCGGAGUAUCGUGGUCACAUGGGUGUUGUCAAGCUGUACAUUUCCAACAAGUCCACCUACUCAAUCACCUCCUUGACAACCACCAUCGAUAACCCGGCCUCUCCAAACCUGAAGAUUGACACAAAGAACCUCCCCGACUCGACCGUCCACGCCGCGGGCCAGACCCAGCAAACGCUUUUCUGCGCCGUACAUAAACCAUUCAGCGAUGCGCCCACCAUCCGUAUCUCCUACCUGGCCGGUGCCCUGCAGGCAUACACCCUGCAGCUCCCAGUCCUCAUGCACAGGUACAUGGAGCCAUCGUCACUGUCAGCUGAAGACUUCUUCAAGCGCUGGCGCCAGAUUGGCGGCGGACCGCUGGAGGGACAACAGACGUUCGGCGUGACGGCGAAGAACAAGACUGCCACAGAAGGAUUCACCCGCAGGACUGUGGAGGGUUUCGGUUGGAAGAUUCUCGAGGGCGUCGAUCCGAACGAGAGGAACCUUGUUGGAUGUGCCGUGUUUCAAUUUGAAGGUGGAAAGACGGGUUGUUUGAUGCGGCUGGAGCCGAACUAUGAGAAGUCGAUGUACCGGGUUACGAUCCGCGCAACACAAGAAGGCGUCCCGCAGGCAUUGGUCAAGCAGAUGGAGCAGAAGCUUUCGCAGGGAACUAUCAAAGAUCCAUACGAGUAG